AUGGUGCCGGGGGAUGCGGUGAUCGGCAAUUUGCCAGGCGGGACAAUGGACACGUAUUAUCUGGAAAACCCGAUGCUGGAUCAGGUGCUUCCAACCAAGAAAUUCAGCAUCGGGAGCGCUGCCGCGUUGAGUACGAACGCCGAUAACUCGCUCAUUAUGAAGUUCUCCCGGUCAGUGAAGGAUGGCAAUGUGAAGGUGCUGCGCAAGGGAGUCAACUACAUGAUCUGGGCCUACUCGGGCAGCUCUCAGACCCUCGCCCAGCACCCUAUGAGUAACAUCCACGUCCUGCAUGAGGAUGAGAAAAGCUACAUUCUGCACUGGGCGGUCAACAAGGACAGCACAGUGAGCGUGGCAGCGCAAGUUGCCACCACGGGCUACAUCGGCAUUGGCUUCUCCAAAGACGGCCAGAUGAUCAACUCUGACGCAGCCAUUGGGAACGUGCCACCUGGCACGCUGGCCAAUGGGGCGUCGGUGGGGCCGUAUUACAUGAGCGGGCGUGACGUGGGGUCGGUGCAGCAAACUGACACGUGGAAGGUUACCGACACGUCGGUUACCACUGCAAAUGGAUACACUAUAAUCAAGUUCACGCGCAGCAUGGGCACGGGGCAUGUGCCCAUCAACCCACAUGGUCCCACCACCAUCAUCUGGGCCUACUCGCCUGAUGGCUCCACCACCCUCGCUUUCCACUCCAGCAACUACGGAUCAGCCUCGAUCGAUUUCAUCAAGGGUACGACCACAGCAGGCGAGGGCAGCAGCACAGCGGCGUACAUCGCCCAUGGGGCUCUCCUCUCCAUCACCUUCGCCCUCCUCAUGCCCCUCGCCAUCCUCCUCGCCCGCCUCCUCCUCGCCGACCGCCCGGACAGCACUCUCCUCAAAUCUCACCCCUGCUACCGGCCACUGGGGUUCCAGCUUCAUCGGGGCAUUCAGCUGUUUGCGCUCGCGGUCGCACUGUCGGGAACAGUGGUGAUCUUUGUUGUAUCUGGCUCAAAGGGUCUGAACUGGACGCACGGGAAGGUGGGGUUGGCGGCGGUGAUUCUCGCGCUGGCGCAGGCUGUUGUGGGGUUGAUGCGACCGGAUAAGACUGCUCCAAACCGGUUCAAGUGGCUUGUGGUACAUUGCUUGGUUGGCGCUACAACCAUUGGGCUUGCAUGGGCGGCCAUGUUCCUGGGCAUCGACCUCUACCACACCAAGUUCAUGCAAAAUGUUACGUGGUGCUACUGGGUCUGCGGCGCGUGCGUGGGCAUGUUCGGCGUGGCAUACCUGAUUCUGGAUGCUUCAUUUGCUGCUCCGAGGAGUCUCUCCGCCACGCCCCGUGGGUCCCGCCUAGUUGCGCGCGCCAAGUUUCAGGGCUUCAACCAGUCGGUGGGGGAGGCGCAGGAGGCGGACGGCGCAGCCGUUGCGCCGGCGAGCGCGGAGGAGAACGGCGCAGCCGUUGCGGCCGCCGCGGAGGGAGCCGCAGAGGAGCGGAACGCGGGAGGACGCGACGACGACGUGCUCCCGACGGACCUGGACGGCGCUGUGCGCCAAGCAGGGGAAUCUGCGGCUUACUUCUGCAACGGAGGCGGCACCCGCGCCAUUGUGGAGCUGCUGGUGCCUGAUCUGGAGAUCAAGUCGGAUGAGGGCGCUCAGCAGCUGCUGUGGGACACCAGCCGCACCUUCCUCGAAUCUCUUAAGGGUCACCUCGACUUCGAGAACGUGAGGGCCAUAUUCCCGGAUGCAGGCUCGGCAGCACUCCUCAAGAACCAGUGGCCCGACGCGCCGUUUGCCUUCUCCAGCCUCAUGGACCGCAAGCCGGUGCAGGAGCAGGACGACGUGGUCGUGCUCAUCACCCCCGAGUACCAGCAGCUCAGCGUGGUCGAGUCCAUAGGCGGCAUGCUGGCCACAGAGGACGGUUUGACCCGCCCGCUGAUCAUGUAUAACCCGCGGCUGGUCAGCGGGGAUGUGGGCGUGGGGCUCAAUGUGCGCCGGCUGAGGGAGCGGUUUCUGUCGACGUUUACGACCGCGUUCUGCCUGCGCCCGCUGCCGGUGGGAGCAAUCUACCGGCGGUACCCCAACCCCUGGCAGUUGUACCUUGAUGACCCUAAUGAGCCUGGCCGAUACAUUCUGUUGCGGCAACAAGGGUCAAAACCAAACAUCGACGAUAUUGAGGAUAUGUAUAUGGCAGCAUCGGGAGGGGGUGGGCCUGGAGCAGAAGAGCCGUCAUUCAUUGAGCAGGCUAUUGGAAUCAACGCCAGCCAGACCUCUGGCGGCGACGGCGAUGGCGGCAGCAGCAGCGGCGGCGGCGGGAAGGGCGACGACGACGCAAUGUCGCUGGCGGCGGAGGCCGGCGGGAUGGACUGGCGGACGUUCCGCGCGAAGCUGGUGGCGGGCCACGAGGCCACGCGGAGCGUCUCCGCGCCCUCCCCCGCGCAGGAGGCGGUGGGGCUCGAGAUUUGGCAGGACCGCAUGAGCCUCGAGAACUGGGCGCUGCUGGCCUCGCAGAACCCGCGCCUGGCCAAGGAGGUCCCCUGGGUGCACUCCACAGGGGGCGCGGAGGCGGGGGGCGUGCUGCUCGCCGCGCCCUUCUCCCAGCUCCCCGGGCAAGGGGGGGCGGAGGGUGGAGAUGGAGGGCGCGGAGGGGGGGCGGGCGCGCUGGACAGGAGGUUGUGGCAGGCGGCGGUGUUUCUGGUGGAGCAUGGGGGGGCGAGCGGGGCGUCCUGGGGCCUGCUACUAAACCGACCGUCGGGUUAUACGAUUCAGAUGGUGAGUGAGCUCGUUGGAAAUGUGAGAGGGCUGGACAGGCGGUUGUGGCAGGCGGCGGUGUUUCUGGUGGAGCAUGGGGGGGUGGGCUGGGAGUCGUGGGGGCUGCUAUUGAAUCGACCGUCAGGAUACACGAUUCAGACGGUGAGCGCAUUCGGAGCGCUAGCGAAGGUGAACAGGGUGGAGGAGGCAUCGCUGGCGGUGUUUGCACGCAACGCCAUCUACAUUGGCGGGUUCAAGUCGGACGGCAGCACUCUCUACUUCCUGCACGGCCAUGACCUGCCGGGGGCUAAGGAGCUCAUGCCCGGGGUGUAUAUGGGAGGGCUGGAGGCAGCAGCGGAGCAGGUGCUGCUGGGCAACAUGCCUCCGUCUGACUUCAGAUUCUUUGUCGGGCAAGUGGAGUGGCCAGCAGGCAAGCUUCAGGAGGAGGUGGAUGCGGGUCUCUGGUACACUGCAGCGUGUGCCAGAAGCCUCGUGCUCAAACAGUGCUUGCAGCUCCCCAAACCACUCUGGUAA